CAGAUGAGGUAUUACAACAUCAUACAGUCAGUCACUAUGUCAGCUCUGAGACCGGUAUAGUUUCAUGAGUUUCUUGUGUUCUUUUAACUGGAACUAUAAUUAUGAUGCGGUCCAUUUUGAUCGUGGCGAUUUUACUGUCAAUAGCAGCUGCUUAUUAUAUUUGUCUGCCUCUGCCCAGCACUAUAUCAGAGCCAUGGAAACUCAUGUUUAUGGAUUCCAUAUUGCGUGGUGUAAUGCAUGUGAGCUUUUUAGCUCACGAUCUUGGACUGAGCCGACCUUUUGAUAUUGCAAAGUAUGCUGCAUCAUGGGAUGAAAUAAAGGGUCCACAGUCCAGCCCAGCAAUCCGGGUCACAGAGACGUCAUUUGAAGGAGUGCAGGCACAAGUGUUUGAGUCCACAGCAGCAGACCAAGAGCCACAUUUGAAAAGAGGUGUGGUCUAUUUCCAUGGAGGUGGAUGGACACUUGGCAGUGGAAAGAUGCAAACGUAUUACCUUCGGUGCUGGUCUAUGGCUGAAGAGUUGAAUGCAGUUGUAAUAUCAAUUGAGUACAGGCUGGCCCCGGAGGCACGUUUCCCAGAUCAGUAUAACGAAGCCGUUCAGGCCUCCAAACACAUCCUGACAGCCGAGGUGUUGAGUCGGUACUCCAUAGACCCGAAACGAGUGGCUGUGUCAGGUGACAGCGCCGGUGCCAAUCUGGCCGCUGCUGUGGCGCAACAGAUGGCUUUGGACAAUAGUGCUCCUAUUAAGUUCAAAGUUCAGGCCCUUCUCUACCCUGCGCUUCAGGCCUUGGACUUCAACACCCCCUCGUACCAGCAGAACGGCCACAUUCCCAUCCUGCACCGUCCGCUCAUGGCUCGCUUCUGGCUGGAGUACCUAAACGGGGAUCCAAGACUUGUUACGUCUUUGCUGGCAAACAACCACUCAACUCCAACUCCAAGCCAGGAGAUAGCAGCGGCCAAAGCCAAGACUGACUGGACCAAGCUUCUUCCGGUGGCCUUCCAGAAGAGCUAUAAACCUGUGUUUCCGCUUCACGGCGACCCAAAGCUGCUGGAGAAGCUGCCAGGCCUGCUGGAUGUGAGAGCGGCGCCUCUACUAGCUGAAACAAAAGUGCUGAAGGCCGUGCCGCCCGCUUACAUCAUGACCUGUGAGCAUGACGUGCUGAGAGACGACGGACUCAUGUACGCCACGCGACUGGAGGAGGCCGGAGUGGACGUCACUGUUGAUCACUUUGAAGAUGGUUUCCAUGGAUGCCUCAGUUUUGCUUUUGGACCCUUUCGGUUUUCUGUAGGGUUUCGAAGUUUUAGGAGCUACACCCGCUGGUUGAAGGAGAACCUCUAGCAGAGCCAAAUAUAUUUUGAUUUCAAACAUUCACUAAUGGUUUUUAUACCUAAAAUACUGUGCAACAUGUCAAUGCAAUGGAUUAUGAAUGGGGAGAAAAGCACACUGAUCAGGCCCAAAGCUACUGAAACUAUGUUUCAGUAACAAUACACAAUUGUUUUAGUAGCAGUGGAUUUAAAGUGCAUGUAAUGCCACAUAGUGCAGGAUAAUCCAGAUUAUACAAAGGGGUUUUCUGAAUGUGAACCCAUAUCUAUUAAUCCUUAAGUGUCAUGGAAAUUAUUUUAUGUUGUUAAUAUUUUAUGUGAUUAAGAUUAUAAAAAUCUGCAGAG